GAAUAAAAAUGAUUGCAUAAUGUAAGGGAUGCAGUGCGCAGAGGGUUGAAAUGUGUGCCAGGCGCGUGUGCGCCAACCCGCGCCACGGUUCAAUUCGGUUCAACCAUUCGGCUGACCCAUUUUCCAUCCCUUACUCAAACACACUGUGUGUGUGCUUUGUAGAUAUUAUAUAAGACGAAUAUUUUUAAGCUAGGCAACCAAAUGUACAUAUAAAUAUGUUUACAAAUGUAUAAUGUGUAGUCUAUAGGCUAAACGAUUGUGAAUUAUGAGUAAUUAGUAAUGGCGUUUAUACAACGAUGGGGGCGGCAUGGAAAUUAUGAUACUCCGGCGUAAAUUGGCCUAAAUUUGGGCGUUUGUUAAUAAAUGAACGGCGGCGCGACGCAGAGGGGCGGCGAAACCCACGCAUGUACUGUACAUUUACAUACAAUGUGUUUAAAUUUAUCAAAAAAUCAAAAAUAAUUCAUUUUUUAAGUGUAAAAUUGUUAAAUGUCUUAAAAAUGUUUAAUAUGAAUUAUUUUUAUGUUUAAACACAUUGUAUGUUUAUAUAGUAUAACAUCAUCCCCCCACCAGCGGUAUAAAUCUAUACGCUGAUGCCGUGAUGCUGGUGGAUGCUGCGCCGGUGGCGGCAGGCGGCAGUAUCGCUCGGCACGCGUUACCCGCACGGCCCGCGCACGGCCCCGCCCGCCCCGACCUCGCCUGGAUGCUGUGCGCGCUGCCGCCCCCUUCGUGCGACCGCCAGACCCUAGAAGAAAGCAAAAAACCGAAAUUUAUAUUCGCGUGUUAAUCAUUACAUUAUUGUGGAUUGUGUACGGUUGCGGUGAGGAGUCAUGACGCAAGACGCGCGGAGGUGUGAUGCUGGCGGGGGUGGAAGGACGUUGUGUGGACGAUGGGUGUAACCGAAAAGUGCAACAAAUGUGCACGCAGGGUGCAAUGUGGGUCAAAUAUUCAACUAGUUGAUAAACAAAACGAAUUAAACAAUCGGAUUAAAGCAAAUUAAAACAAAAUAAAGUUGAGGGGAAGAAGUAUAAAGGAAAGUAACUGAAGAAGAAGAGGAAGAAGAAACGUGACUGGAAGGUAAAACGAGUUAAGGGUUGGAGCAGUUGCCAAUAUUAAAUGAUAUAACUCUUAAAAUGUCAAAGAAACCUGAGAAUUAUUGAAGAAUAAGAAAAACAGGAGAAAAAAGUAAAAUUAAAGCUAAAAUAAGAAGAAAUUCGGGGUGGAAACUUGAAGAAAGCUGUGAAUCAUGUCGUGGGAGUCCCUGAACUCACAUCAUGACUUUAUAAGUGGUGGUGUAAGUCAUCAGCUAUCAGCAACACGCCUCCUCUCCUCCCCGGACGGUUCACGCCACCCCCUCGACGGCCUAGAUGGCACCGGCACCGGCCCACGCUCCGGCGGGCGUGACAAUCACCUACCCACCCUAACUCUCGGCCGAAUCGGCAGCCUACACAGCCACUCGUCCACCGGCGGCAGAAACGCGCCUAACCGCACUUGGACAUGGGGCGGCACCGGCGGAGACCGAGGCGGUGACAGAGAUCGUGACAGAGGCACCAACACAGGCGGUACCAACUUCGGCGACAGUUUCUCUUCACUACAACGCGAUACAGCCUACGCUGAAGUCCGAACACCGCAUUCCACGCUACGAAAAUGGUGCUGUGCAUGGGGUUGCUUCCGUGGCUGUCGCGCACGUCUACAUCAUCGUCUUGCAAAACGUAAAGUCGAGCAAGGUGUACGCCUGUACGCGCAGCACAAACAACAACAAGCCGUACGCAAGUGGAAAUCCGCGUUGAAAGCAAUCCGACGCCGCGAGGACAAAUUUGAACUUUUAGGUUACUUAUACCAGGCGUAUAUGGAUUGGGGAAAAUACAGGGAUGCGCUGGAAUACGCACAUAAACAGCUUUACAUCUCCGAAGAGUUAGACAACCCGAACAUGCGCGCUGAAAGUUACCUCAACCUCUCCAGAGCACAUCAACGUAUGGGUGGAUUAGAGAGGGCGCUGGCGUAUGCACGACAUUCAUUAUACAAUGAAUGUGAACAGUGUGCGACUGCCGGACACGUACACCUCACAGUCGGUUCGGUGUAUUUGGAACUAGCUGGGUUUAACAAGGCGCUGGAUAGUUUUCAACACGCGCAUCGAAUCUCACAGGCUGUCAAUGACCACGCGCUGGAGUUACAGGUGUAUGUUGGGUUGUCGGAGUUGUUUGCACGGUUACAGGACGCGGAUAAAAGCGCACGAUACGCGUCGAAGGCGUACGACCUCUCACGAAGUCUCCAGCUCGGUGAUUUGAACUCACGUCAUCAUCGCGCGGCGUUGCUGCAAAUGGCGUCGGCGUUGCGCAAGCAGGGAGAGUUGGGCGACGCGCAUGAUUAUUGCAGUGAAGCGACGCGUCUGGCGUUGGUUUCGGGUGAUCAGGCAACGUACGCGAGGAGUAUUCGUAUCAUGGGCGAUAUUUACAGGAAAAAACUUGAUAUUAAUAAAGCAUUCCGUCAGUAUGAAACAGCGAUGGGUUCAGCUGCCGCAAUGGGUGACCGCGUGAUUCAAAUGGAGUCGAUGGAUGGCGCUGCGCGUUGCCUUGAAGCACUCCGCCUCCAGCACAAAAUAUGCAACUGCCGCCCCCUUGAGUUCAACACACGUCUACUGGAAGUCGCCAGCUCCGUCGGCGCGAAGCUCUUGGUGCGCACGGUGCGCACGCGUCUCGCACGAAUUUAUCACAGCCUAGGCGAUGACGAUCAGAAGCAGCAUCACGAGCGCGUCGCCAAUCGCCUGCUGCAGGAUUUGGAUCUCACCUGCGGCGGUUGUGGCUCCCCCUAUGGGAUUGAGAAUGACAGCUUGGAGGCACUGCCAUGCGCGCACAUUCUACACGCACGCUGCGCAUACGAUAUUCUACGGCGUAAUAAGAAGAAGAAGCGCAGUUGUCCCGACUGUGACAAAGCGAUGAAUUCACGGCUUUAUUUAAAUUGUAACGAUUAUAAUAACACGUACAGUCCGGUGGCGUUAUCGGUCUGCUCCUCGUUGGACAGUCAUUGUAGUCAUCAAGCGACAAGCUCGGUUUGAUCGUAAGCCUACAGAUGGCCUAUGGUUGUGUAUGCAACCACACAUACACCAAAGUAAUGCGUCAAUGUACAUAAUUUUAAGCGAUCGCAAUCUUACACACUGAACAAAAUCGUUAUUGUUAACCCUAAAAAAGUAACAAGUAUAACACACGAUCAACGAAAAUUGAUGAUAAUCGAAUAAGCUAAGCGCACGCGUUGAAAAUGUAUAAUGCACACACACCCACACACACGCAGAAGAUGAACAAUUUUAGCUAGUGUAUAAAAUUGACAGUGCGCAGGCGACAGGCGUUUGACAGAUAACCUAUAAAUAUUGCACGUUCUUAAAGAAUACACAUCAUAUUAUUAUAUUGUUGAAUUUAUUGUAAAUCUAUGGACUAUCAAAUUCUAUCUUCAAGAAAAAACUAAACCAGAGAGUAAACACGAUAUAAAUCAUAUAUAUAAAUAAUUAAAACACAAUUAAAUAUUAAAUAUUAUAAAGAUUAACAAUGCGCAGCUGUAAAAUGCGAUCAAACUUCCAAAACAACAAACCAGUGAUAAUGUAAAAUCGUAUAUUAUAAUAAUUAUUAAUUUAAACAAA